AUGGCCAUGGUUGUGCACCAUCACCACCUGCGCCCCUACCUCGCCACUGCCACCGCGCUCUUCCUCGCACUCACUAUCGCGCCUCUCGCCGCCGGGGACCCGCUGGGCCAGUUCUGCGGUACCAGCUACAACUACACGCGCAACAGCUCCUACCAGGCCAACAUCCAGCGCCUCGCCGCCACGCUGCCCAGGAACACCUCCGCCUCCCCGACGCUCUUCGCCACGGACACCGUCGGCGCCGUCCCGGACAUCGUCUACGCGCUCGCGCUCUGCCGCGGCGACGCCAACGCCUCCGCCUGCGGCGACUGCGUCGCCACCGCGUUCCAGGACGCGCAGCAGCUGUGCGCCUACAACAAGGACGCCACCGUGUUCUACGACCCCUGCCUCCUCCGCUACUCCAACCAGAACUUCCUCGCUGACACCAACAGCGACGGCCGCGGGAACGCGCUCAUCCUCAUGAACACGCAGAACGUCACCGCGCCGUUCAAGGUGUUCGACGCCGCCGUCGCCGUGCUCCUCAACGCCACCGCCACCUACGCGGCCGCCAACUCGUCCAAGAGGUUCGGCACCGGGGUGGAGGCGUUCCAGAGCUUCGACAGCAAUAACCCGAGGAUCUACGGGCUGGCACAGUGCACGCCGGACAUGUCGCCGGCCGACUGCCGGAGCUGCCUCUCGGGUAUUAUUCAGACGGGCACCAAGUACUUCAGCGGGAAGCAGGGUGGCAGGGUUCUUGUGCUGCGGUGCAACUACAGGUACGAGCAGUACUCGUUCUUCACAACCACCCCGCUGCUUCAGCUGCCGGAACCUACCGUGGGGGCCCCGGCGCCGGCGCCCGCGCCCGCGGUGGUGAACGGAACGCCAACGCCACCGACGACCGGAGGAGCACGAGGAACAAAAGGAAACAAAACUGGUAGAGCUUUAGCCAUUGCACUGCCUAUAGUUGCUGCAAUACUAGCUACUAUAGUACUUUGUUCAUGCCUCUGGAGGAAGAAGAGGAAAACGCCAGGGAAGUCAACACUACCAGACACAACUAAUCCAGAGGACAUACAAAGUAUUGAUUCUCUCAUUAUUGAUAUAUCAACUUUGCGAGCUGCAACAGAAAACUUUGAUGAAGCCAAUAAGCUCGGUGAAGGAGGUUUUGGUUCAGUAUAUAAGGGAAUCCUCCCUGAUGACCAGGAAAUAGCAGUGAAAAGGCUCUCACAGACUUCUAGGCAAGGGAUGGAGGAGCUGAAAAAUGAGCUUGUAUUGGUUGCUAAGCUGCAACACAAGAAUUUAGUGAGGCUUGUUGGGGUUUGCUUGGAGGACCAUGAAAAAUUGCUUGUCUAUGAAUACAUGCCCAACAAAAGCCUCGACACUAUUCUAUUCAAUCCUGAGAAAAGUAAGGAGCUAGAUUGGGGAAGGAGAUUCAACAUAAUAAAAGGAAUUGCUCGAGGCUUAAAUUAUCUUCAUGAAGAUUCCCAAUUCAAGAUUAUCCACCGAGACCUAAAAGCAAGCAACAUCCUUUUAGACUCUAACUAUACUCCUAAAAUUUCAGACUUUGGCCUGGCUAGGCUAUUUGGAGGGGAUCAAUGGCAGGAGGCUACAAAAUCUGUAGUUGGAACAUAUGGGUAUAUGGCACCCGAGUACGCCAUGCGUGGCCACUAUUCUAUAAAGUCCGAUGUUUUUAGCUUUGGCAUCUUAAUUCUUGAAAUCUUAACCGGAAGAAGAAGCAGUGGUUCCUUUAACAUCGAGGAGUCUGUUGAUCUCUUAAGUCUUGUAUGGGAGCACUGGGAGGCCGGGACGGUGGCGGAGCUGGUGGACCCGUCCCUGGGCGGAGGCUUCCCGGAGGGCGACGUGCUGAGGUGCAUCCACAUCGGGCUGCUCUGCGUCCAGGGAGACCCCGCGGCCCGGCCGGUGAUGUCGUCGGUCGUGAUGAUGCUCGGCAGCGACACGGUCACCCUCCAGGCUCCAUCCAAGCCGGGAUUCUUCGCCAGGAACAACAGCGCCAACACAGCCGUGUCGACGGUGUCGUUGAGUGGUUAG